GCUGCUGCUGGCGACUGACGCGCCAUCUUGAGGAUCGACGACGGCGCGUCGCCAUCAUGAAAAACCUGAGGUGCUGUGAUAUAUGUGCGUGGCGAUAGGUGGGGGUCGGUCAUUAACGCGGUGUAUCUCGGAGACGGGAAAUUUGUCACAAAUGGGCGAAUAUUCCUGAGCAUUGAGGACCGGCCCGAUCGUACGAGCCGCGAACUUUUCGCGUUCAUGUCUCGCGACACGGCACGAUAAACAUCAACGCCGUUGUGCUCGUUGUUGCCGUCGUGAUCAAGAUCGUCGCUGUCGUCGCCGUGGCCGCCGUUACUGUCGCCUGCCGUCGCCUCGAGCACACCCAAGGGACUCUCUACAGUCGGUCGCUCCUCGCCGAUCUACGGUGCCCGUGGCGAGGGUGUGCGCUGUGCGAUCGCGAUCGUACGUACGCCCAGUGAAGUAGAGUGAGUACAGUGUUGGGGAGAGAGGGAGAGAGAGAGAGAGAGAGAGAAAUAGAGAGGAGAAGCACACAUACGAGUGUGUCGAUAGCAGAGCCGAGAGCGUUGUGGGGUUGGCGAUCGUGCGCCGGUCGGUGCCGCGUAUUGCUCUGAGCGGCGAGCGACAGCCGAGCGUGUCCAAGCGUCGUGAGCGUGCCGUUGCCCGUCCGCGUCGAACGAUUGUCGUCGUCGUCGUCGUCGUCGUAUUAGCCUACGCCCGCUCGGAGUCGAGUCGUCGUCGUGCAACGUGAGGAGAGCACGAGCGAGCGUGCCGUAAUGGGCGAACGAAACGUGCAUGCGCUCGCGGCGUGAGCAGCAUCAUCUUUGCGUUCGACCUCGCGUACACUCCGAACGUGAAGAAGAGAACCGUCGAGUAAUCGCGAGAUAUACCUGGAGGGAAGAGAAAGAGAAAAAGAGAGAGAGAGAGAGAGAGAGAAAACGAAAGAGACGCACCACUUGAUCUCGACGAGAGAGAGAGAGAGAGAGAGAGACGAGCAAGGCAGACGUACGUACGCAAACGGACGGACGGAGGUCCCGUAAUCCUGAAUGGCCGCCGCGGCCGCUUUCUAGGUUACUGACGGACAAGGAGAGCGCGCGCGAGGGAGAAAGACGCGGUGAAGUGAGAGAAACGGCGAUCGGAAGAGGUAAAACCGCCAAGAAAGAAAGGAAGUGAGAAACGAACCUCGUGUGCGUGCGUGAGUGAGUGAGAGCUAAAAAAAAAAAGAACUGUCGUCCGCGAGAGAGAAAGAAGGAGAAAGACGAACUUAUAAGGACGGAUUGAGCGAGGGGAAGAGAAAGAGAGAUAGAGAGAGAGUGAGGGGGGAGAGAGGGGAGGGAAGAGGACAGACACAGCGAACGACCGUGAGCGCUCUCGCGCGGACGCGCGCGCGCGCGCACACCCGCACCCGCUGAGAGACUCCAUCAUCUCCGCCGAUGUACGGUCACCGAGGAGGUGAUCAUUCACGCAACGUGCGAACGCCGUGUCCUGGACGUCUCUCCCGUGCUCGUCGGCGAGAUCUCGCCGUCACCCGCGAAUCGUCGCACGCGCCGACGGAAGUCUAAAGCCCGUCGGCGCCCGUUGCCGUCUUCGCGUAUAUUAUAACUUGCCGCCCCCGUUCACUUAUCGCAUACACCGUUACCACCACCAUCACCGCCACGAUCAUCACGACGACUACUACCACUGCUGUCAAUCGCCACCGUCACCGCCUUCGUCCUCGUGCGUCCUCGUAACCGCCGACGUCGUCGCCGAGGCUUAGCUCGCAUGUAUGCAUCUCAACACGCGUAAGAGAAGAGGGUGUAUCGACACAUCGUUGGAGGAAGGUCUAAGGCUGGAGUGAAACUGGCUGGCCUACAAUGUCCGCUAGCAUGCGGAGCACUCUGCAAACCGUUCCGGAAUCCGUGCCUGCCGACCACGUCACAAACUCCAAGACGGGGGAUGGCGUAGGGGUGUCGAGUAGCGGAGGUCGGCUCUCCUCGAGGAGUCGAACCUCCGAGGAACCUCAUAUCGGCAAGUACAAAUUACUGAAGACCAUUGGCAAAGGCAAUUUUGCCAAGGUGAAACUUGCUAAGCAUGUACCCACGGGAAAGGAAGUAGCCAUCAAGAUCAUCGAUAAAACUCAAUUGAAUCCCGGUAGUCUUCAAAAGUUGUUCCGAGAAGUCAGGAUAAUGAAGAUGCUCGACCAUCCAAACAUAGUGAAAUUGUUUCAAGUGAUCGAAACUGAAAAGACACUGUACCUGGUAAUGGAAUAUGCCAGUGGCGGCGAGGUCUUUGAUUAUCUGGUCCUGCAUGGGCGGAUGAAGGAAAAAGAAGCGAGAGCGAAGUUUAGGCAGAUCGUUUCUGCUGUGCAAUACUGCCAUCAAAAGAAGAUCAUUCAUAGAGACUUAAAAGCCGAAAAUUUGUUGCUCGAUAGUGAAAUGAAUAUCAAGAUCGCCGAUUUUGGUUUUAGCAAUGAAUUUACACCCGGUAACAAGUUAGACACAUUUUGUGGCUCACCUCCGUAUGCCGCGCCGGAACUUUUUCAAGGAAAGAAAUACGAUGGUCCGGAAGUGGAUGUAUGGUCGUUAGGUGUAAUUCUAUACACAUUGGUGUCCGGCUCACUGCCUUUCGAUGGUUCGACAUUGAGAGAAUUGAGAGAAAGGGUAUUAAGGGGGAAAUAUAGAAUUCCAUUUUAUAUGUCCACCGACUGUGAAAAUCUUCUCAAGAAAUUUUUGGUGCUCAAUCCAACGAAAAGAGCCUCACUAGAGAACAUAAUGAAAGAUAAAUGGAUGAAUUUGGGAUACGAAGAUGACGAAUUAAAGCCGUACUUAGAACCUGAACCUGAUUAUAGAGAUCACAAGAGGAUAGGUGAGUCUGCCAAGGCCUUAGCCAGUAUGGGAUAUACUCGAAGCGAAAUAGAGGAUUCUUUAGGACAAGCGAAAUAUGACGAUGUAUUCGCCACAUACUUGCUCUUAGGUAGAAAAACAACAGAUCCUGAAAGUGAUGGAUCACGGUCAGGUAGUUCAUUAUCGCUGCGUAACAUUCCACCUCAAGUCAGUUCAGGUGGUGGAGGAGGAAGCAGUGGAGGAACAGGUGGCGCAGUACAGAGUCCAUCUCACAGAGGUGUUCAUAGAAGUAUUUCUGCUAGCAAUCCAAAACCCAGUAGACGGGCCUCGUCUGGUGGUGAAACUCUUCGAGGUGCACCCAGUCCAGGUAACGCAACGAAUCACAAUCAUGCAACUGCAGUAACUGGCACAACUGUGACUGGAAGCGGGGGUAGUAAUUUUAAACGACAAAAUACUGUGGAUGCAGCUACGAUCAAGGAAAAUAGUGCUCGAGUUUCUGCAAGCCGACCCUCUGCAACUAAAAAUAGUCAAUCACCUGGGCAAUUAGAUACUAUGACAAUGUUCAUUCUAGGCGUCGGUACAAGUCCUGGUGGUAAAGCAAGGGUAGGCAAGAGCAACACAAUGAACGCAGGGGUAGGUGGUGGUCGGCCUCUCACCUCACCUGCUCCUGGUUCUGUUGGUCGACGUAGCACCAUCUCCUAUGAUCAAGCGAAAACAUCAUCAGCAUCUACUGAAAGAACCAACGAAGUACCCAGUUUUAUGCACAGCCUGGGCGAGGGCACUAGACCAACGCGGGGUCACACCAAGUCUGCGAGCAUCAGCGCAAGUCACCGUUCCUCAAGUGGUGUACCCCCCAGCGACCAUUCACUACUGGACCCUCAACCACGCAACGCCCACAACUCCUUACUCGCCACUGCUGACCCCCUUAGGCAGAGUUUGGGUGUAUGCACAAGCAACAGACUGGCCACAACCACUACGGCAGCAUUUCCACGGAAUGUUCCGAGUCGCAGUACGUUCCAUUCUGGCCAAAAUAGAGCACAGCGAAAUCACACUCAGGGUCACACACAAACACAGGACACAAAUGCAAUUAGCCCUCUAGCAAGGCCGUCCUUUUUCUCGAAAUUAUCUUCGAAGUUCUCCAAACGCCCCAUGGACCCAUCCGUACCCCCCAAGCACCUAGUAGUGAGCGGAGCUACUACUAACGACGAACAGGUCAAACCGCGCAGUCUACGCUUCACGUGGAGUAUGAAGACUACCAGUAGUCGAGAUCCUAAUGAAAUAAUGUCCGAGAUCCGAAAGGUAUUGGAUGCCAACAAAUGCCAGUACGAACAACGCGAGCGAUUCCUGUUGCUGUGUGCGCACGGUGAGGCAGCGACGGACAGUCAAGUACAAUGGGAGAUCGAGGUCUGCAAAUUGCCACGACUUUCCCUAAACGGAGUACGGUUCAAGCGUAUCUCCGGCACAUCAAUCGGUUUUAAAAAUAUUGCCAGCAAAAUCGCGAACGAGCUCAAGCUGUGACUGUCGGCCACGGGCGCCUUAGCCGCCAAUCGCGCCAACCCAUAACGACCUCGUGAGCGUAGCCACCAAGUGGCGGUGGUCACCGAGGAGUUUUACUCUUGUUUCUUCUUCUGGGACUCCGACUCCGAAUCCGAUACCCAAGAAAUAUUCGUUUAAACGCGAUUCCUCCGUCCCAGUCGACGAACAUCAUUGUCAGGUGAGAGGGAAGAGAGAAAGAAAGAUAGAGAUCUUCUCACGUGUUUGUCGUCUCCUCUGCGUUGGAGGUACCGCUAUUAACGAUUCGUCGAAAAAAAGUUUGAAACUGUGAUCCGUGAUGACUAAUACGUAUUCAAAUACUCCCGAGUGCCAAAAUGGAGAACUAGAUCGGGUCCUCGUAACACACUUUGCGAGCGAGAAAAAGAGAGGGAAAGAACGAAAGAUAAGAGAGACGGUCCAGCUGACCUGAUCAACCGUACAAAGAAGCUGGUAUUAGACACAAUAAUCUAUUAUAUUUAUUAGUUUUGAAUUUUGGUUAUCGUUAACAAGAUGUGCAUCCGAACGAAAAUAAUCAGUCAUUACAGGUUGAUCUGCCUUCCCAAUUAUCAAACAAUUCGUCACAUCUGUCAUGAAGUAUAGCUUCAUUUUUAAACAGUAUUAUGUUUCGUGUUAUUCUUGACGUUGAAGGUAUUUGCAUUCAAAUUGAUAUGUCUCUAGAAUGUCGAACACUUACCGCGUAUACUAUCGUAAGAUGAUAAAAGAUUAAAGUAGAAUCGAUUCAAUCGGAUUGUUAAAUGUGCCUAAUAAAACAUUUCUCAUCUAUUUUGUUUUUCAUGGCGACGGCGUUUCUUUUACAAUAAAACAACGCGAUGGUAUGGAAGAUAAAAGAAGCAAUACAUCUACAACGUCAAGAGAUUUCUCUGUAACUUCCUGUUUUUCUCCUAAUCUUAUGUAUCUUGUAUGUAAAAUUUUACUAAUGGAGAUUUUGCCUGUAAAUAAUUUGACAAAUUUACAGAAUCGAGAGACAUGUGUUGCGUUCUGUAUCGACAAGAAUCUAUCAUUUAAUGCAUUAGAGCCAUGAACGAAUAAUGAAUUGAAUUAUUUCAAUGUUGCACAAUAUGCAACUGUUUAUUUUUUUCGAACAUUUUUAUGAUAUACUUUAUCUUUUUUUAUCUAUAGCAUAAGUUUGAAAAUACGCAGCACUAUAGACAUUAGCCAAUUAUGAUUAAAACAUGUAAUAAUUAUUGUUAUUAAUACUUU